AUGCCCCGAGUAUGGCGGCCUAGUCCGGAAGCGUCUUUUCCGCAGGGAGUCGCCCCCAUCACAGGGAUGACCGAAGAAAAGUUGCAGGCGGAGCUGGCACAAGCCCUGGAGGGGAUUGCUGCCGCCCGAGAGGAGGAAGGAGAAGGUGACCUUUCCUCCCGGACUAAGGCUGUGCUUGUAAUGAGGGAGGAGUUCUUCUUCAAGGGCCUCAAAGUUCAGUUGUAUGCCCCCCAUAUCCUCCCCAGGUUGGUGCUCGCAAGCUACAGCGAUACGCUGAGCAUUGCAGUGGCAAAACACUACAGGGAAUAUCCGGAAGAGCUUACUCAAGCCUUCCAAUUGAAGGAGGGGCCCAUUGUGGAGGAGCCGCUCGAGGAACAGGGGAAAGUCCUGACUGAAAGUGACGUUCCCAUUGCAGAAUGGACGGACAAGCCUUUCCUGGCAACUCGGGGGGAGGUGGAGGAAACUUUGGAGGGGCUAAUGGAGAAGGACGAGGAGAGUGUUUUGGAGCGUGCUGCAGGGAUGGCUGCAGGGCCAAAAGUGCUGGGGACCGCCUCCCCUAUUUUGGGAGAGCAGGCCCAGGAUC